CAUGCUUUCUCCUCCGCAUUAUCUCAAAACACUACUAUGAUGGCAGCUAUAACUAGCACUGAAUCAUCCGACUAUGACAGUAGCUCUUCCUCCAUAACCAUGCCCGACUCUAGCCGUAGCUGGAUGAGCAAUCUAAGCUUCAGCAGCCGGCGCCGGAGCUCCGUCUCCGUCUGUUCCUCCGCCACUUCUGAGGCCUCCCAGCUCAGCUCAACUCACAAGCCCCACAAGGCGAACCAAGCUGCAUGGGAAGCUAUGAGGAGACUACGAAGCUCCAAAGGCCGAGUGGGACUCGACCAUUUCCGGCUCCUGCGCCGCCUCGGCAGCGGCGACAUAGGCAAUGUGUACCUUUGCCAGAUAAGGAACCCCGGCGCAGCCGUGGCGGGGCUGCCUAAACAGCCGCAGUGCUUCUACGCCAUGAAAGUGGUGGACCGAGAAGCGCUUGCCAUAAGGAACAAAUUGCAUAGAGCUGAAAUGGAGAAGGAGAUUUUGGACAUGCUUGACCACCCAUUUUUGCCGACUCUCUAUGCAGACUUUGAUGCUUCUCAUUACUCUUGCUUGGUUAUGGAGUUUUGCCCCGGCGGCGACUUGUACGCUGCCCGUCAACGCCUGCCCGGAAAGCGCUUCAGCCUCUCAUCUGCUAGGUUUUAUGCUGCAGAGACACUACUAGCUCUCGAGUAUCUACAUAUGAUGGGCAUUGUUUACAGAGACUUGAAGCCGGAAAAUGUGCUGGUUAGAGAGGAUGGUCACAUAAUGCUUUCGGAUUUUGAUCUAUCUCUUAAAUGUGAUGUCGUUCCAAAGUUGCUGAGGCGUAAACUGGAGUUGGAAUCCAAUACUGAAAAGAUUGUAAGGAGCUCAUCUAUGCCGUCUUGUGCAGCUCCCAUGCAGCCUGUCCUAUCUUGCAUAUUUUCAGCCUCCACCAAGAAGAAGAGAGCUACAGUCACAACAAUAACCGAACAUGUUGGUGAUAGUGAUGAUCAUGACGACGAUCAAGGUGUUAAUCAACUAGUACUUGACCCGGAAUUGGUAGCAGAGCCUAUCCAUGCCCGGUCCAAGUCAUUUGUUGGGACACACGAGUACUUAGCACCGGAGGUGAUCUCAGGGCAAGGUCAUGGGAGUGCAGUGGAUUGGUGGACAUUUGGGGUAUUCUUGUAUGAAAUGUUAUAUGGGAGGACACCUUUCAAAGGUGAAAACAAUGAGAAAACCCUCAUCAACAUUCUUAAGCAACCAUUGAGCUUUCCAAAGCUAGUGCUCAAUGAUAAUAGGGUUACUAAUAGUAACAGCAGCAAAGAGUUUGAGGCAGAAAUGGCCAAAGUGCAAGACCUCAUAAGCAAGCUUUUGGUGAAGAAUCCCAAGAAGAGAAUAGGAAGCUUGAAGGGUUCAGUUGAGAUCAAAAGGCAUGAGUUCUUUAAGGGGGUGAAUUGGGCUUUGAUCAGGUCAGUUCGACCUCCUCAAGUUCCUGCUAGCCAUGAUCAUUUGCACAAGAUUAAAACUAGUAGUAAUAGUAGAGGUAAUUAUUUACCUAAGUUGAGCAAGAAAGAGAGGGAUGAACCAUAUCAGAUCCCUCAUCAUCAUAUUGACUAUUUCUAAUUGCUUAGUAUUUAUGUAUUAAUUAUGAAUGUACAUUAAUACCUAGGUAAAA